AUCUCAAUAUUUAUAAAUUGUAUGUUUAUGAUGCCAUAUCUUGAUAUUGUUUUGUACUUGAAUCAUUUCUUUGUAUAAUAGAAAAGCAUUUAGCUUUCUUAUUUCCAAACUAGCAAACACAUACAAACAUUGCAAAUUAUUUUUCUCCUAUUCUCCCAAUAUAGAUGUCACAGUUUCUUAGUUAAAUUAGUAGUUAGUAUCUAUAUUGCUAAGUGCUUCAGAAUAUGCCUUUGUGUACUGUACUAUAAUUGCAUUUCCUUUCUUCAUUGUGAAGACAUCGUUUUUGUUUGAUUUGUUUUCCUUUGCUGGAUAGUUUUACUGGGUAUGAAAUUCUAGAUUAAAAUGAAUUUUCCCUUGGAUGUUGAAAGCCGAAGCUGUUUCUUUUACUAUUGUGUGUCAAGUUGCUCUUUAGAAGACUGACUCCAUUUUGAUGCUUACCUCUUUUUAUGUGUCCUUCUCUCUUACCUCCUUCCCUGGAAGCAUUGAAAAACUUUCUCCUGGUAUUCUGAAAAUACCUUAAUACAGGCAUUUUAUUUAUGAAUCUGGUCAUGCAGGCAUACCCUGUUAACAUAUAGACUCUCACUGUAAGUUCUGAGAAAUGUUUUACUAAUAAUUUACCCAUUGAGUUUACUACAUUCACACUUUAAUCAGAAUCUCUUUAGGUAUUAGACCUCCUGGGUUGACUUUCUGAGACUCUAAAUUAUAUUAUUUUUCUUCUUUUCCAUCUCUUGUUCUAUUUAUUAAGCACUUUAAUUAAUUAUCCAAUAUUCAGAUUUAAGUUUUUCUUUCUGGGUAACAAAUGUUUAUUUUUAAGAGCUCUUUUGGUUUUUCAUAACAUCCUGUUACAAAUUUGCAAAUGUAAAUCUUCUCUCACCUAUAAUUAAUCUAUUUAUUAUUUAAAAAUGCAUUAUAGGCUGGGCACAGUGGCUCAUGCCUGUAAUUCCCACACUUUGGGAGGCUUAGGUGGGCAGAUCACGAGGUCAAGUGAUGGAGAACAUCCUGGCCAACAUGGUGAAAUCCCGUCUCUACUAAAAAUACAAAAAAAUUAGCUGGGCAUGGUGGCGCGUGCCUGUAGUCCCAACUACUUGGGAGGCUGAGGCAGAAGAAUUGCUUGAACCCGGGAGGCAGAGGUUGCAGUGAGCUCAGGUCGCACCACUGCACUCCAGCCUGGCGCCUGGUGAUGAAGUGAGAUGCUGUCUCAAAAAAAUAUGCAUUAUAUAGUAAAAGUUAUUAUUGUACCGAUUUUAAAAUUUCCAAGUGAGUCACAGCAAAGUUAAGAAUUUGCCUAAGGUUAUACAGCUAGUAAGGGGCACGUAAGCCUUAAGCUAUUGUUUGUCUUCCAGAUACAAAUAUGUACUUGAUAGGGUUAUUGCUAACAUUAAGUGGGUAAAUACAUGAGGUACUAGAAUCAUGAACUUAGAAUAAGUCAGUAAGUGUUAGCUCUUAUUACAUUUUAUUUCUCUGGGGAUAUUAAUCAGGCAUUUUUUAAGCCUUUUGUUUUCUGAAUUAUAUCUAUUCCCUCCUGUUGCUUUGUUUGUGUGGCGGUAGUAUUAGUUUUGGUCAUUCUAUUUCAUGUUGUAGGCAUUUUCUCAAAUGUCUUAUGAUCUUUGGCUAUCUUGUCAUAUAUAUGAAUGAUGACAUAGAAAAUGCUAACAGUCAACCCUUCGUGAGUGUUGAUGACAGGGCUUCACUCUAAUGUAACCAUGCUAGGAUAGAGCUACUACCUUGGGAAACCCCCACAUACAUGUAAGGCUUUAUCUGCACCUUUCAUAUUCCCCGGGAUAGAAUUCCACAAUACUCAGUGUUUUGGGGUUCGAUAGAAAAGAGGUCAGACAUAUAUAUUGUGUUCUACAAUCUGAGAGUAUCAUGGGCUAGAAGUAUCACUAUUCAGAAUGUAAUGUUUUGCCUAAUCUCCUUAUCUUUAGUUUCAUACCUCAUACUUUCACUCAGCUCUGCCUGGGAACUCCAAGACUGGAGAUAGUAUAAUUUCUACAGAAUAUGAUCUAAUUUCUCCUGAGUAUAAGCUUUCCAUUCUCUGGCUCUCAGUUAUUUUCUUGUCUUUGUAGGAUGGUGAAAAGCCCAGAGAAUUCAACUAUUCUAUGUACAUACUUUUAACUAAUAACUUCUUCUUCUUUUUUUUUUUUUUUUUUUUGAGACAGAGUUUCGCUCUUGUUACCCAGGCUGGAGUGCAAUGGCACGAUCUCGGCUCACCGCAACCUCUGCCUCCUGGGUUCAGGCAAUUCUCCUGCCUCAGCCUCCUGAAUAGCCGGGAUUACAAGCACGCGCCACCAUGCCCAGCUAAUUUUUUGUAUUUUUAGUAGAGACGGGGUUUCACCAUGUUGACCAGGAUGGUCUCGAUCUCUUGACCUUGUUAUCCACCAGCCUCAGCCUCCCAAAGUGCUGGGAUUACAGGCUUGAGCCACCACGCCCGGCCUGCAUAAGUUCUUUUUAAAGUCCUUACCUAACUUCAGCCUUCUUAUACACCUGGUUCCUCCGAGUCCAGUACCUACUAGGAUUAUGUGGGGAAAAGCCAGUCGUUUAUUUUUAGUAUCUCCAAGGCAGGAAAUUUAUUUUAGACAUUUCCUGGAACUGUUGUCAACUGCUGUUUCAUCUGCUUUCUAUCAUCAGAUAUUUGUGUAUUCACUUAUGUAUUCUUAGCCUUUGUGGGUGCAUAUCUUUUCAUUACUUUUCUGUCAUUUUAGAGGGGCUUUAAGGACAAAGGAUAAUUGUAUAGUCAAUCCACGUACUAUUCAAGUUCUCUUCUUCUGAACUGAUAAUUUUUGAACCAUGUAUCUAGUUCACAUUUUUAUGAAUGUAAUUAAAAUUUAUCAUUUUAAAAAUGCAGACUUCUUAGAUGUCCUCCAUUCUUGAGAGUACUUUGAGAUGUUUAAUAAUGAACAUCAUUGGUAGGUUCCAACUAUCUACUUCAUUAUGUAGCAGCCAUGCACUUUGGCUAGAACUGAAACCACCUCAGGUUUGAGGGGUAAUCUCUGACUGGAAUAAAACAAAGGGCUAAAGAUGGAGUCUUUAGAUUCUGAGACUAUAAUCUCUACCUUUAAUCCUAUAUGUACUGAGACACUGAUUUCUUAAGCAACAGGCUGAAGUGCUCUUAGUUGGUCUAACCAGAAUGAGGGCUAAAAUUUUGUUUAUUAUUGAGGAAGAAAAUCUCUCUCAUUCUCUCUUCUUAAGCUGAAAAAGGAAGCAGAAAGCCAUAGUUGUUUCUGGAAUAAAUCUUGGGAAACUGAGGGAGGCCAGUCUUAGGAAUAAACCUGCUUUAAAUGAAACUAAUAUGCUUGUGCUUGUGUACUUAGUUUUUUUUUGAGAAGCUGGAACUACCUCAAGGAUUCUCAUAAUAUGCUCUACUCCCCAUGUCUUACUUUACUUUCUAGCAGUUCACAAUUCCCUGCUACCAAGCAAAUCUAUAUGAAUGCCUUCCAGUGCUAUCAUAACUAUCAAAGUAUGUCCCAUCUCAUGGUUAAUCCAGUUUCAUAUUCUCUGAAAAGCUUCUAAAAUGACCCAUGUAUACUUUGCCUUUUUCCUUACGACCUAAGGAAAGUCAAGUAGCAAUGGAUUUUUUUCAGAUUAAUAUUAUUGUUGUUUCAUGUUUCCAAUCUUCUCAGAGAGAUUACAAACCACUGGGGCCAGAAAUCACAUCUUGUAUUUCUGUAUACACAAUUAAGCAGGUUUGGUUGUGCGGAGAGUGGAGAAAGAUAAAUGCUUUAAGAUGAAUACUAACAGCACCUCAAACUAAAGAGAAUAUGAAACCAUUAUUAGAGAAGGUGCAAUAUAUUUGUAAUCACUUGAACACAAUGAAUAAAACAAUAUUUUUUUCUGGAGGACAUAAAAGAGAAUGGAAUUUAGGUAGCUUUCACCAAAUUGUGAAAAUCUAUGGAGACACUUGGUGGCGCUGCAGGAUAAUGUCGUGGAAAAAAGAAAAAAAACUACUGGAUGGCAUUGUGGACACUGACAUCCAGUGCACACAGAAAAUCAGAAGAUAGAAAGAACAAGCCUUCAAGAGGGCGACCUAAAAGUCGUUCAACAGGGGUAAAAUCCUUAGACGUCUGAGGAUUUUGUGAACAGGUCAGAGAGGCAUUCCCCGAAACUGAAGCCAUUCUGCCAGAAGCUUACAGGAGAGGAGCUAUGGAGAACGGAGGAGCAUGUACUCCGCAGAUAAGGCAAGUCCUGCUUCUCUUUGUUUUGCUGGGAAUGUCUCAGGCAGUUUCUGAAACUGGGAGCUUUUCUGUGGCAGAGGAAAUGCAGAGCGGUAGUUUUGUAGGCAAUCUAGCAAAGGACCUGGGGCUGAAGGUGAGAGAACUGUCCUCACGGGGAGCUCAGGUGGUUUCUAAGGAUAAGAAACAGCAUUUGCAGCUGGACAUAAACAAUGGGGAUUUGCUCUUGAGUGAAACGCUUGACCGGGAGGAGCUCUGCGGUUCCACCGAGCCUUGUGUGCUGUAUUUCCAGGUGUUAAUGAAAAACCCCACUCAGUUUUUACAAAUUGAGCUCCAGGUCAGGGAUAUAAAUGAUCACUCUCCUGUCUUCUUGGAAAAAGAAAUGCUCCUAGAAAUCCCAGAGAACAGUCCUGUUGGUGCUGUGUUCUUGCUUGAAAGUGCAAAGGAUUUAGAUGUAGGAAUCAAUGCUGUAAAAAGCUACACGAUAAGCUCCAACUCUCAUUUUCACAUUAAAAUGAGAGUCAAUCCAGACAAUAGGAAAUACCCCGAGUUAGUCCUGGACAAGGCGCUGGAUUAUGAAGAGCAACCGGAGCUCAGUUUCAUCCUCACUGCUCUGGAUGGCGGGUCCCCUCCCAGGUCUGGAACUGCCUUGGUCAAGGUGAUGGUUGUGGACGUUAAUGACAACUCCCCUGAGUUUCAGCAGGCUUUUUAUGAGGUGGAGAUUCUAGAGAACAGCAUCCUUGGCUCCCUGGUUGUGACCGUCUCAGCCUGGGAUUUAGACUCUGGAACAAAUGGUGAACUAUCCUAUACCUUUUCCCACGCCUCAGAAGAUAUUCACAAGACAUUUGAAAUUCAUCAAAAGUCUGGAGAAAUUACUUUAAGAGCACCUUUGGAUUUUGAAUCAAUUGAGUCAUACUCAAUGAUCAUUCAAGCCACAGAUGGGGGAGGACUUUUUGGAAAAUCUACAGUUAGAAUUCAGGUGAUGGAUGUAAAUGACAAUGCUCCUGAAAUCACUGUGUCAUCAAUUACCAGUCCAAUCCCAGAAAAUACGCCGGAAACCGUGGUUAUGGUUUUUAGUAUCCAAGAUAUAGACUCUGGAGAAAACGGAAGAAUUGUUUGUUCCAUCCCGGAAGACCUUCCAUUCGUGCUAAAAUCUUCAGUUGAGAAUUAUUACACGUUGGAAACAGAAAGACCGCUGGACAGAGAGAGCAGAGCCGAGUACAACAUCUCCAUCACCGCCACUGACUUGGGGACACCCAGGUUGAAAACCGAGUACAAAAUAACCGUGCGGGUCUCUGACGUCAAUGACAACGCCCCCGCGUUCACACAAACCUCCUACACCCUCUUCGUCCGCGAGAACAACAGCCCCGCCCUGCACAUCGGCAGCGUCAGCGCCACAGACAGAGACUCAGGCACCAACGCACAGGUCACCUACUCGCUGCUGCCGCUCCAGGACACGCACAUGCCCCUCGCCUCCCUGGUCUCCAUCAACGCGGACAACGGACACCUGUUCGCCCUCCGGUCGCUGGACUACGAGGCCCUGCAGGCGUUCGAGUUCCGCGUGGGCGCCACAGACCGCGGCUCCCCGGCGCUGAGCAGCGAGGCGCUGGUGCGCGUGCUGGUGCUGGACGCCAACGACAACUCGCCCUUCGUGCUGUACCCGCUGCAGAACGGCUCCGCGCCCUGCACCGAGCUGGUGCCCCGGGCGGCCGAGCCGGGCUACCUGGUGACCAAGGUGGUGGCGGUGGACGGCGACUCGGGCCAGAACGCCUGGCUGUCGUUCCAGCUGCUCAAGGCCACGGAGCCCGGGCUGUUCGGCGUGUGGGCGCACAAUGGCGAGGUGCGCACCGCCAGGCUGCUGAGCGAGCGCGACGCGGCCAAGCACAGGCUGCUGGUGCUGGUCAAGGACAAUGGCGAGCCUCCGCGCUCCGCCACCGCCACGCUGCACGUGCUCCUGGUGGACGGCUUCUCCCAGCCCUACCUGCCGCUCCCGGAGGCGGCCCCGGCCCAGGCCCAGGCCGACUCGCUCACCGUCUACCUGGUGGUGGCGUUGGCCUCGGUGUCGUCGCUCUUCCUGUUCUCGGUGCUCCUGUUCGUGGCGGUGCGGCUGUGCAGGAGGAGAAGGGCGGCCUCUGUGGGUCGCUGCUCGGUGCCCGAGGGUCCCUUUCCAGGGCAUCUGAUGGACGUGAGCGGCACCGGGACCCUGUCCCAGAGCUACCGCUAUGAGGUGUGUCUGGCAGGAGGUUCUGGGACCAGUGAUUUCAGGUUCCUAAAACCAGUUAUCCCUAAUAUCCAGGCAAAGGGUCCGGGGAAGAAUAGUGAAGAAAACCCCACCUUUCGAAAUAGCUUUGAAUUUAAUUUUUAGUAAGAAUACUAUUUACAUUUUCAUGUACUGUUUUAGUUUUACAUAACCAUAUUAAUAUUAUUUAGUUUUAAACUAGGUGUGUUGUUAUGCAGUACAAUUAAUUGUAUUUUUAAGUUUGUAAAUAAUUCGUUUUUGUUUUUUGUUUUUUGUUUUUUUUUUAGACAGUCUUGCUCUGUCACCCAUGCUGGUGUUCAGUGGCACGAUCUUGGCUCACUGCAACCUCUGCCUCCUGGGCUCAAGCGAUCAGCCCACUUCAGCCUCCCAAGUAGCUGGGACUACAGGCGUGUGCCACCAUGCCUGGCUAAUUUUUUAUUUUUUGUGAAGCUCAAGGGAUGCACCCCCCUCAGCCUCCCAAAGUGCUGGGACAAGGUGGGUCAGCUACCGCGCCAGGCCUAGUUUCAGUUUUCAAGUAUUGCAUAUUAUUGUGAAUAACAUUGUCAAUACUUUUUGUAUUAAUUAACUGAUAGUAUCCAAUUAAAGAAUAAUUUUAAGGUUUUGAUCCUUUUCAAAUGUACAAUAAUUUACUUAUUAUUAUUUUUCAUUCUAGAAACUGAGUUUUUAUUUUUCUCCUUUGAUUUUUUUUUUUUUUUUUUUUGUUUGUGAUAAUGGUUUGCUCUUGUUGCCCAGGCUGGAGUGCAAUGUCGCAAUCUCAGCUCACUGCAAUCUCCGCCUCCUGGGUUCAAGUGAUUUUCCUCCCUCAGCCUCUCAAGUAGCUGGGAAUACAGGUGUGCCACCACACCCAGCUAAUUUUGAACUUUUAGUAGAGAUGGGGUUUCACUAUGUUGGUAAGGCUGGUCUGUAACUCUUGACCUCAGUGAUCCACCUGCCUCGGCCUCCCAAAAGGCUGGGAUUAUAGGUGGGAGCCAUCACACGGAGCCUCUCCUAGUAUUUUUCACCACCUGCAUCCUAUGAUCCUAACCACCUGUGUAUUGUACUUCCUUCAUGGAAGAAGUCAUAUCUGCACUUCCAACCUUAUUCUAACAUUCUAUUUAUUAAUUUAAAAAGCCCCAUAGUUUAGUUUUAAAUCAUACAUCAUUUCAUUAUUAUGUGCUCAUGGUGAAUUAAAUAUUAUUUUGUGAUCAAUAUUAAAUUUCAUUAAUACCUU